AUGGCAUCUGUUUCUUAUUCUCUCUUGCAGCUAACUAUCGCAUUGAUAGUAAUAUUGUAUACACCUGUGGUAACACCGAAAGCCAUCAUCGAUCAGAAAGCCAAAGAAACACAAAACACUAACGAUCCGACUCCAGCCCACAAGCGCAUAGGAUAUGACUACCCAGCACCUGCAGAUCCCAUAGCAUUCGACGAUCACGAACAUAAGGUUCCAGAGUCGAUUCCGCUGCUUCAACAUGAAUCACACAUCGGUCAAUACGAUGACAAUCUGCACCAAAACUUUGACGAGUCACAUCAUCAUCAUCAUCAUCACCUUGAAGAUCAGCAUGAUCCGGGCUAUUGGAAAAAAAAAUUAAUAUGGAAAGAGGGCUGGAAAAAGAUUUGGAAGCCUGGCAAAAAGCAAAUAUGGAAAUCCGACUUCAAAAAAAUUUGGAAACCGAUUUGGGUAUCAACGGAAAUACCUAUUUGGAAGGAUAUUCAAGUCCCUGCGUGGAAACAGAUUUGGAAACCCGUUUGGAAGGAAAUUCAAGUCCCGGCAUGGAAAGAAAUUCAGGUGGCUGACUGGAAGAAAAUUUGGAAACCGAUAUGGGUCCCUAUCAAGGUUCCCGCAUGGAAGGAUAUUCAAGUGGCUGCGUGGAAACAGAUUUGGAAACCCGUUUGGAAGGAAAUUCAAGUUGCAGAUUUUAAAAAUGUGCAGAUCCCCGCUUGGAAACAGUAUUGGUAUCCCGAAUGGGUGAAGAUAG